AUGGUUAGACAAUUUGAUGGAUGGAGCUUUUAUAAAGGGACUGCUAAUGAGGGUAGAAUUUUGUUGGUAUGGCAGUGUAGUAUUUUGUCAGUGGAAGUUUUGCAAGAUAGUGACCAAUAUAUACAUGCUUAUGUUAAAGAGUUACGUUCGAGUAGGGAAUUCUGUGUGACAUUUGUGUAUGGUAGAAACACGAUUCAGGAGAGGAUUCAGUUAUGGAAUGACUUAUCUUGUCUGACCUUCCCAGUUACACCAUGGCUAGUGGCAGGGGACAUUAACUCAGUGUUUGAGUUUGAUGAUAGGCUAGGAGGUCGUACUGUUUCUGUUGCAGAAAUGGCAGAUGCUCAAAGGUGGAAAUCUAUGGGAUUGGUUGAUGAGCUUCGGUCUAUUGGUUCUCAUUACACUUGGACCAAUAACCAAGCUGAUGGGGCUCAAAUUUUCUCUAAAUUGGACCGUAUUCUUAAGAAUGAAGAUUGGAUGGAUCUCUUUCCUGAUUCGAUAGCUUUAAUAAAAUGGGAUAUAAUAUAUGAUCAUUGUUUUUGUAUUGUUAAGGCAAUGUCAGAUGUGAACACUGGUUUUAAAUCUUUUCGGUUCUUCAACAUGUGGACAGAGCAUGAAGGUUUCAAAGAUGCAGAUAUGCAGAGUUGGAACAAGUCUAUAUCUGCUCAUGGAUUGCCAAAGAGGCUUACAGCUGAGUUUCAAACUGAGGAGCAGAAUUCUUUUGAAAACUUGGUUCAGCAAACCAGAUACUAUGAUAGUUAUCUUCGGCAGAGGAGCAAAGUCAACUGGCUUAGGUUUGGAGAUGAUGAUAUAGCCUAUUUUCAUGCUUGUUUGAAACAAAGAAAGGAGUCAAAUCGAAUAACUUCAUUUUUUACUGAUGCUGGACAGAUUAAUGAGAAGUUUGAGGAUGUAGUGGCUCACCUGGAAUUAACAAAGCCUUUCACUAAGAAGGAUGUUAAAAAUGCUAUGUUCAGUAUUAGUUCAAUUAAGAGCCUGAGUCCAGAUGGAUAUGGUUCGAGAUUUUUCAAAGUAAUGUGGAAAGAGAUAGGAGAUGAUAUUUCAGAUGCUAUUUUGGGUUUCUUUCAUCAGGGAUCAUUGCCUAAAGGCCUCAAUAAUGCAAUGCUUUCUUUGAUUCCAAAGAUUGAAUAUGAUCCUUCCUUUGAUAAUCCACCAAAAUCAAGGAGCUUUUGUUAG